GCGUAUAGGACGAAACGAGUCUGGCGCUGGACGACGGCGCUUGUAGCAUUAUCGCGAGAAAGUCGCCGCCGGCGAACGGCGCCUCUAUGCUCGACACUGAAAAUCGGCGACGAGCCGAGAGCUGCAGUUUAGUUCGCCGGCGACUUUACGCGUGAUGCCUCUUCAGGCUCUCGUGCGCGUACAUUUCCAGGAUCGAGACAGCGUGUAAGAGAGAUCUACUUCGUAUACAGACACAGUGUGGAGCAGUCGAUUAUUCGGAAGAUAUGGGGGAGGUGAUAACCAGACGCCUCGCGAUCGCGGCGCUGAUGAUCGUCGCAGGAAAGUUAAUUGUUGCGGACACGAAAGACGUAUCUGCGCAAAACUCGCUGCUAAACGAAGUGGAAACGAUGAUAAACACGGCCAUCAAGUUGAUUCACGAACCGGCGACGUUCAAACUCUACACCAGGGAAAACCCUUUCGGCGAGGAACAAUUGCUGCUGAACAACACGGAAGUCCUUUACGCGUCGCAUUUCAACGAGAGUCGACCGACGAAACUCAUAAUUCACGGUUUCAGCGACACGGGAAAAGAAGCCUGGAUACGAAGCCUCAUCGAUGCAUACCUCAAGUACCAAGACGUCAACGUGAUAGUCGUGGGCUGGGGCAUCCUGGCAGCUGACCCAUACCCCACAGCGGCGAACAAUACCCGCCGAGUGGGCGAGUAUCUUGGCGUCUUCCUCGAGUUUCUCUGUCGCGAAUCGAACCUCGAGUACAAGGACGUGCACAUGUGCGGACAUAGUCUGGGAUCGCACGUCGCUGGAUUUGCCGGGGCUUUCCUGGACGGACGGAUCGGCCGAAUAACAGGUUUGGAUCCCGCAAGUCCGCUCUUCGAAACGCCAAUCCUCUGCGACCCCGACUUUCGCCUCGACCCGACGGACGCCCAAUUCGUUGACGUGAUUCACACGAGCGGCACCGCGUUCGGAUUUCUCGCAGCGAUCGGCCACGUCGACUUCUACCCCAACAGCGGCAAGUUUCCGCAACCGGGCUGCAACUUCGCGCCCACGAACACUUACUGCAGCCAUACCCGAGCUUAUCAACUGAUGACCGAGAGCAUAGGAAGCACAUCCGGUUUCAAGUCGAGAAGCUGCGAUAACUGGGAGAAAUACAAGGACGGACACUGCAAUCGAAACCCGAUCGUUCUGAUGGGGGAAUACGCAUCGACGUCAUUGCGAGGAAAGUUCUUCUUGACGACCAAGUACGCGCCUCCCUUCGCCAUCGACUGAAACUCGAUUCACACUUCGGCCCUUCAAACUUCACUUCGCGAUUAAAAAUCUAACGCUUUCAACUAGUCAUUUGUCAGAUAACUCUGUAUUUAUACGCCAUUUUGCAUUCGCCUAUCACGUUUCUCCCUUUUCUUGCGAUCCGCACAUCGUAUGUAUCAAUCAUUUUAUAUUUGCAAUAUUUUUUAGAUUUAAUACUAAUUGGUUUUGCGCACUAAGGCCGUGGAGACGACUAUAUUUAUUACACGCAUACUAGGGGAUGAGCCCUCCCCCCCCCCUCCCCCCUGAUCUGUAAUAUUUUCCUUAUAGAAAACGUCCUUUGCAUCGACUUACAAUGCACAUGCUAUUGUGAGUGUAACUUCCGCUCGCCAUAUGUCUCAUCUAUAGAUACCUUAUUUAUUUUUUAACGUGCAAACUUUAUACAAAACAAAAUUGCCUUUUGAUGAUAAUGAAUAAAUUAAAAAAUUUCUAACCAUUA